AUGUGCCUAAACAAUGUUUUUUCAAUCCUCUGUUUCGUCCUAGCUGUUAGUUUCGGCUUUGUCUCUGCACAAAGAUGUGGAGAUUCACUGUUUUUCACCCCAAACAGUACUUACGAUACAAACCGUCGUCUCGUUCUCUCAACUCUUGCUUCCAACGUCAGUUCUCAAAACAACCGUUCUUACAACGUCUCGGUCGGUGAAGGAACUGAAAGGAUCUUUGCCAUAGGUCUCUGUAUCCCAAGAACUGAUCCAAAGAUCUGUUCAGAUUGUAUCCAAGCCGCAUCAGAAGGUUUACUAAAAAACUGUCCCAACCAAACCGACUCAUUCGACUGGAGACGCGACAAGACGCUCUGUUUCGUUCGUUACUCCAACAACUCGUUUUUCAACAAGAUCGACCUUGAGCCGACAGUAACAAUUUUUAGUACUAAAAGGUUUCUUGGGAACGCCCAGAUCGAAGAUUAUAACAGAACAUGGGACGCGCUAAUGAACUUUAUGAUCACUCGAAUCGGUCAAUCUCGAUACCUAUCCGACAUAUCCCCUGAAAUAGGUUCUUAUCGUAUAUACACUCUGAUGCAGUGUAUUCCUGGGAUAUCCUCUGAAGACUGUGAAACCUGUAUUCAAGUAAGUGUCCGUAAUUAUCAGAGAUGCUGCAGUGCCUUUGUAGGUGGAGUCGUUGCCAAGCCAGUCUGCUUUUUCCGGUGGGAUCGUUAUCCGUAUUUUGGUGUCUUUGGUAACACGCAAUCGUUACCUCCUCAAGAAUCUCAGCCCACGCUGCUCCCACCUCAUCAAGGUGGAAAAAAUCAUUCUACAGGGGUUAUUGUAGGGAUUGGUGUCUCAGCGGUGAUAAUCAUUGUGCUGCUAGGUUUAGGGUUAGUUACGUGGAAGAGAAGGCAAUCAUACAAAACAUUGAAACCUCAAAUAAAACAUACGUAUGUUAUUGCAGCUGAUAAUGACAUGAUAAGUCCACAGUCUCUUCAAUUUGAUUUUUCAAUAAUUGAAACCGCAACCGAUAAAUUUUCGAUGAAUAAUAAGCUAGGUCAAGGUGGAUUUGGUGAAGUUUACAAGGGUAUGUUACCAAACGAAACAGAAAUUGCGGUGAAGCGUUUAUCGAGAAAUUCAGGACAAGGCACACAAGAGUUCAAGAACGAAGUUGUGAUUGUGGCUAAGCUUCAACACAAGAAUCUUGUUAGGCUUCUUGGGUUCUGCGUAGAAAGAGAUGAACAAAUGCUUGUCUACGAGUUUGUUCAAAACAAGAGCCUUGAUUAUUUCCUUUUUGAUCAAACAAAGAAGAGUCAACUAGACUGGAAAAGACGGUACAACAUCAUAGGAGGGAUUACGCGAGGGCUUCUAUAUCUUCAUCAAGACUCAAGGCUCACCAUCAUACACCGUGACAUCAAAGCAAGUAACAUUCUAUUAGAUGCAGAUAUGAACCCAAAAAUAGCAGAUUUUGGAAUGGCAAGGAAUUUUAGAGUGGACCAAACUGAAGACAAUACAAGAAGAGUUGUUGGAACCUUCGGUUACAUGCCUCCAGAGUAUGUGACGCAUGGCCAGUUCUCUACCAAAUCUGAUAUUUAUAGCUUUGGAGUAUUGGUUCUCGAGAUUGUUUGUGGCAAGAAGAAUAGCAGUUUCUAUCGGAUGGAUGAUUCAGGGGGGAAUUUGGUGACACAUGUUUGGAGGGUCUGGAACAAUGAAUCACCCUUAGAUCUCAUUGACCCUGCGAUAAAGGAAAGCUACGAUAAUGAUGAAGUCAUUCGAUGUAUCCAUAUCGGUAUAUUAUGUGUUCAAGAAACUCCUGCAGAUCGUCCAGCUAUGUCUACAAUCUUUCAAAUGCUUACCAAUAGCUCAAUUACUCUACCUGUGCCUCGACCACCCGGAUUUUUCUUCAGGAACAGAACCAAUUUAGACCCUUUAAACUAUGGAUCCAAUUUGGGACAAUCCAGCAGCAUGCUUUUUCCUUUUACUGACAGUGAAUCAAUCACUAGAGUCAGUCCUCGUUAA